AUUAUCGACUUUUGCCAAGAGAACGUCGAGUAUCAAGAGCUCUGCAGGUCAGGGGUUCGGUUUCCGGGAAUCACACCUCAUCUUAUGAUUGUCGUCGCAGCCGCCGCAAUUCAUACUUUCGCUGGUCACUUUCUGAAUAUAUCAUAACUCAAUUGUCCUCCUCGUCAGCAUGGUCGAUGAGCAUUAUCGAUAAGAUAUUGAUCACUCAAGGAAGCUGUGUCGUGCACGGGGAUUGUAAUUUCGACGCACCAGAGGUUACGCGCAAAAAGAGCUCAAAUGUUAAGCUGUAGUGACGGAGUUCAUCACUUACUGUUAGUACGUCCAAUUUUAGGAACCUCUUCUAAAAUCUUACGAUUUUCGCCUUUGGAUGUGAUCGACCUAGUGCGUCAACGGAAAUCUACGCUAGAUGCCAGAUCCGCAGCCUUUGGUGGAGCUCAUCCGUUGCCUGUGCCUUUUCGUUCGAAUCCUAGAACAAUAGUCCCCAAGCCGGAUCGUGCUGGGAUCCAUUCCUUGUGGGGGCUCGCAGGCUACUUCUGUGACGAAGGGAAGCGCGACUGGCCAAAGCUCUUGCGGGAACGUCGUGAGCAUUAUGUUAAAACUGAAAGGAAAUUGGCAGUAGGAGUUAUAGGGACUAAGCGUUAGAAUGUAAAUAAUGUCAAUUCUUGAGAAGCUGACAUGAAUGAAGAUGUACUUAACCCAAAUUUACUGAUUUAGAUAUUUAAGGCGAAAAUGAGUAUGCGUGGGUUCCAGGAUUAGGAACAGCUUAUCACAGCCUGGUGGAUGUAUUGCCACACUUGCGUGGCUGCUCCUGAUGAUUUCGUGGAACAAUGACUGAAAAAUUAUGCGACUUCAGUGAAAUCAUCAUACAGUCCGUUGAAGAGACGUCUAUGGCCACCUGCUUCUAAGACUUGUUGUUGGAUUACCUUUACGGGUGCGGGUUUAUGGAAACAUGGAAUCCAUGUGGUUCCGGGGACCUUUCAUCGUUGCGCCCGCUGUUGCCGUGUCCCGAGGAGCAAUGGGUUCGGGUGCGUAUGGCGGACAAGAUGGAGGCAUUACGCUGUGCGCGACAGCGCCUAGCGCUUAGUGGACACUUGGGCAAGGACUUAAUCAUCAACAUUUGGUUGGCGCCUGAAUACGAGAGAUUGCGCAAGCGGGACCCCAAGCAUGCGGUGACACGGCAAGACUUGAGGCAAAAAAUUUUCAC